AUGUGCUCCAAAGACUUACCCAGCCUUGCCACGAGCCCACACUCUCUCAAAAGAAAGGCGUCUCCUGCACACGACGGAAUCGAUGAUGAUGGCUGCGCAAAGCGUGCAAAGGUUGACUACAGCGUCGCGACACCACCAGAAACUCCCGCCAUGGCACGGCAAGAGUACUUCGCAUCGCAGUCCCCAAAAGCCGCGGCGCCAAACACUGAUCGAGUAGUUGACAUCAUCAACCAGCAGUUCGGCACGGAGAUAUUACUGAAGCAUCAGGAGCUGCGCUUCAUCAACCAGGAACUUGCCAAAUGUCAAGUCGCCCUGGAGCAGCUGCGUCGGUGCCACCUCAUACCCUACCCAACCUCUUGCCCCACCCCACAACAGAUGUUGGAUAUCUCGCAAGGCAAGGGAUCAGCUGUUCACGGUAGGAAUGGGGAGCCUGCUGCGCAGUGGGCUCCGCCAUUCGGAGUGACGGAGGGUCCCUAUGCUCGUCACUACGCCAAGUGGCUGAUCCCAGAUCCUAGAUUUGGAGACGUGGUGCCUGAGUGGCAGGGUCUGUCAGUUGUCCCUAGAAACUCGGCAGAAGGGCGGACAACGAGGAACAGCCUUUCUGAGGCUACCACCAUCGGCAAGAGGGUGGCUCGUGGACAGACCGGUCAGAAGCUUGCUACAACCUACCCACCACCGAAACCGAAGGCCCCUUGUAUUGUCAAGAGGAGUAACGGCAUGGUUGUCAAACUCGUGUGCAACUCGUGUCAUAGGGACAAUUUUAGUAGCACCCAGGGCUUCAUCAAUCACUGUCGCAUUGCUCAUAGGAAGGAGUACAAGUCUCACGAGGAGGCGGCUGUUGACUGUGGUCAACCCAUCAACGUUACUGAGAGCAGCAGCAGCGCUGUCAGCGAAGAAAAGCCUCCCAGCGCUCCUGCCCCUGGCAUUGUUCAUCCUCUUGCACGAUCAGACGCAACGGCUGAGCAAAAUGCCUACGCGGCUCUGCUCAAGCGCAUCAACGAGUCGCUCAAGCUCUUCCACCAAGGCACUCUUCCCAAAACACCUGGUGCUCCGUCCUCAAGUCCUUCUGUGAAGGUCGAAGGGAAGCCGCCGAAGAGUUUCGCUGGUGCACCUGCGACUCCUUUCCUCUCCCAGUUACUCCAAAAACGAGAUUUCCAGGGCGAUCUCAACAAACAUGUUGAGGAUGCUAAGACCAAGACGGACCUGGAAUUCGAUGAUUAUCUGUCAGGUGACGAGGAGUCCGAUGAAGGAGAGCCGUACAUGCCCUCAAAUGCGGAUCAGCCGGCCGUGAACAAGGUGUCGACGGCUGGAGCUCGCAUUCCUGCGCCUGGCAUGCGUGUCCCCUCGCGAGCUGUCCCUUCGCCUGCCGCUCCUGGGCCGCGCCCACCUAGCAGCAAGGGGCGGUCUCCGCAUCUCGCUUUCACUUCGACAGCAUCGAAGCUGAUAACGAGUGCCCCCAUCAACGACGACGAUGAUUCCGGCCUCGAUGAUGCCAACAUGAUGGAUGUUGACCACAGCCCGAACACUGCGACUAGCAACAAUGCACCGUCACUUGUCAGCGACGACGGCGGAGAUGACGAGUCUGAUGAUGGUUCGUCCUCAGAUGCUUCUGACGACGGUUCUUUGACCGAGGUCACGGAAGUCAACAUCGAAUAUCCCGAAGUGCAAGAUCUCUCGCAGCACGGAAGCAGCAAUGGUACCCGAGCAAAGGACGAGAAUAGACAUGUCACCUUCGUCACGCCCAUGACAGGCAAGGCCGCUGCGCGACGCAAGCCUUGA